AUGAUCGUGACGGUGCCCAACGCCCCGGACGUCCCGGAGACCAGCCGGAUGUUGGAGGACGUGGACAGUGUCCUGGCCUCCCUGACGCCCUCCUCCGCCUCGCGCAGUAACGCCCCCCCUCCUGUGCCUCUCCCGCAGAGCUACGAACCCGACGAGCUGACGGAGGAGAUGGCCCACCUGGAGGGCCUCAUGAAAGACCUGAACGCAAUCACCACCGCGCCCUAG